AUGUUUGCCGGCAUAUCAGGAACGCAGCCCUCUCAACAAGGUUUGUGCUCGGUUUCCUUGGGUGCAUAGAUGUAAGAUAAUAUAAGCUUAAGUUGUAACGAGUAAACAUCGUUUCGUUUAGUACUUAAGUCGUCGUACACAAUUUCUCGUUUUCUCUGUAUUAAAUUACGCAGAAGCAUAUAAGGCCUGAAGGUUAUAUCCUUCUGCUUAAAGGUUAUAUAGGCUAUUUAACUCGAUGUUUAUAUUGUUAAUGUCUUUUUAUCUUGCAGCGAUGAGGCCAGAGUUAUAUGAGGUAAAGAUCUACUUGUACUGUAUUGAGCUUAAAUGAUAGAACGUUCUUUUCUUAAUAAUGCAAUAGUCAUUUGAAAUCCUUGGACCCCCCCUCCACCUCGGGGAUGACCCACGUUAUGCGGGUCCUUUUAGUUUAGAGUCACUUCAUUUUUUUUCCAGUGCGCAGGGGCCGGAUAUGCUAACAAAAAGUUCUUUGACUCCAAGACCAGGGAAUAAGCCGGGCAGUCACUUUGUAAUGGCAAGAAAGACACUUGUAAUGAUUGAGACUUUUUCUAAAAACUCCAAAAGAUUACCAAACAUGAUUUGUAUUUUUGGUUAUCUUGCAUUUUGUGACUUCAAGUUUAAAGUCUUCAAAUACAUGUAGUUGUCAUUUUCCUUCUCCAUCAAGGGUUUGCAAGUGUUGUGAUAGCUGCUCUGAAAUCCAUGUGUUCUUUCACAGUAUGUAUCAUUUGUCAUCCUUUGUUGCUCUUGGGGAUAAAAAGAUUAGUAGACAGUUUUAAAAGAGGGAGUCCGUGUGUGUGGGACAUACAGGGGCAGGGGAGUUCACCAUUCACUUUAGCCCCAGGGAGCAGAAAAUUUACUUGCCUCCACUUGCAUAAAAAGUGAAUGCCCUGGUCAUCCCAGGUCUGAAUUUGAAACAUGUCUGGAGUUGAAAGAUUUUCCAGCCAGACAGAAUCAACUUUACACGAUUUUAUAUAUUGCAUUUAAUAGUCAGUAUCAUGGGUUGUAGUUUCAAGGAUUUGAUAGUACAUGUACAUAAUGCAAGCCAGUGGUAAUGAACCUGUUACAUGUGUACAUUAUUUUACAUGGCCUGUUGCCCUGCAUAAUUUUAUUGAUCAUUUCUCACACUGCACGCAGCACCAUUCAUUUAUAUGCAUGUAUCAUGCUCGUGAGAUUUCUCAGACUUGAAACAUUAGCCAGAAAAUACAGCCAUCUCUCCUUUCUCUUCACUGCUUGGGGCGUUUUGUGGGAGAAAUUCCAGACAUCUGCAACAUUUCAAUGACAGAAAUUCCAUACUUAUGACAUGAAUCAUUGUUUACAUAAUUACUCUGAUAAUCAUCGGGUUCCAAAUGUAAAUUUUUUUGAGUUUAUGUUUACUUCUGGUCUAUUGUCGUAAUGUUUUGGGUAAUUCUGCAAAGAGCAGCAGCAAAACUCAAUUAUUUCUUCUUCCGAAGAAUAUUAUUUUAUUCCAUGAAUACUCAACUGACUGUUUUGCAGAAGAUUGUUUUUUAUAAAAUCACAUUAACAUAAUUGACAUUUUUCUUUUGUCUGCUGUUUGUAAACAAUAGCUAAAAGAAUAAAAUUAUCUGUGCUACAUUGGUUGUACGUUGACCAACCAGAGUGCCUGACCUGAUUCUGGACAGAGAUGGCAUUUGUGUUGUUGAGGCCCAGAUUUCUCUUCUCCUUUGAAACAUCCGUAGCAAAAAAGGGCGUAGAGAGACUGGUUUACUCGCAGGCUAUCAAAACAUGUAUGCGUAACAAAUUUAUAGCUGCAUGGGCUGUGAAGAAAUCUUACCCUUUACGGUUUCUGAAGGUUACUACAGUGUGCAGAAGUUAGAACUCUUCAAUCAUUGAGGCAUGCAAUCUCUUCAUCGGGCUUCUCCGAUCUCUUGUGCCUUACUUUGACUUACUUACCACUUACGACUCCCUUCCUCUUACCAUUUUCAAAUAGAAAGCUUGCUUGUAGGCUAGCCAUACAUUGAAUCAAUAUGGUGACAAUUUGUUUACCUGUAUAUACUUAAAUGCAUGCAUGUACUUUCUGUUUAGGAGGUGAAGCUUUAUAAGAAUGCAAGAGAAAGGGAGACGUAAGUUUAUACACAAGUAAUAUGUGCUUAUUCUUGAUACUUAAGUCUCUUACACUAAUAAUUUUAUUACAGGUCCUGGAUUAAUUAUAACGAAAAUUAAAAUUCUCUAAUCUGUUUGGCUAUAAGCUACCCUAAUUUCUGAAUUGAAUGGUUCAUGUACAGCCUAUCUCCUACAGACCCUUCCGUUUACCUCAUGAUUUCAUAUAACACUUUAAUAAAUUUUGUUAUGUUCUUACAGCUAUGACAACAUGGCAGAUCUUUUCUCCAUCAUUAAUACCCUUCAGUGUUUAGAGAAGGCAUAUAUCAGAGAUGUUGUAACACCAAGAGAGUAAGCACAUAUCAUUGUCAUUGUUGUCAUACAGAAUUCUUUGGUAGAUGCUUAGACUCUUUAAUCCCUUAGACAGUUUAAGUAGUAUCUACAGUCAUGUGAUGAUAAUGAACUUUUUCACAAUGUGAAAUAUUUUGACAGAGACUACAAACUUUUCUGCAGCAUGAAAUAUUUCACGUUGCCUGUGACUUUAUCACAGAAUGUUCAUUGUGUUAGAGAAAUAAUAAUAUAAUUCAUCUUCUUUUCACAGCCAGGACCGUAAAAGUAUACAUAUGCGUGCAAUUUGGAUAAGCCUCCAAAUUGCUUGUAGGGUCACAUUUAACAUUAGCAAAAAAAACAACUUUGGACGUCCCACAAACAUUUGGUUCAUUUCUAUGCUCUCGCUACACAUCUAAUUUGUGAAACUGCCUAAUUUUAUGUUAUAUUGAGAAUGUACACUGUGCAUAAUCCUGUAAACAAAUGAACGCGGAAAUUUUCCUUUGGAAUUCAACUCCAGGAGAGUUCACCUACAAGUUGGGAUAAUCAAGCUGAAGUUUCAAAGAUUUAAUUGAAGAUUUUCCCUAUGUCACCUUAGUGUACUGUAAUCUUGAACUUCCUAAAUAUAAUGUUUUGGCUCAAUAAAUAGUUUACCUUUUCUCCUUACAGUCAAAGGAAUUUCACUUAAGAUAUCCUGAUGAGCCGCAAGUAACAUGAAACAUACAAAAUGACUCCAUUUGCAAACUAUCAGUUCAUUGUCCAUGUCUUGUAUGCAUAAUCUGAUCACUCUUUUUAAUAUACUUAAAUAAUAUAGGUACACAGCUGCCUGUUCUAAGUUACUGGUUCAGUAUAAGGUAAGAUCUGUACAUGAUCUUGAAGAACCUUGCAUUUUGGCCUGGUAUAUGAAAGCUAUUAUACAACUUUCCUUGAAGGGGAGAUGAAUAGUGGUGGAUAUAUACACUGAGAUGCAAAGCGUCGAGGUAUAUAUCUAGUGCUAUUAACUGACCCUGAGAGCAAUAGUUGUUUUAGUAUCAAUUUUACCAAAUCAGGUGGAUAAAAAUCAAAAAGGAACUUUCUGUAAAUAAAAGAUGUCACUUAGUUAGAGUUUGUUUAUGUUGCAUUAUUGACAGUGGCUCGGGAAUCAUUUUUGACAAUUUUGUUGUAUAUUCAUUAAGAAAAUUUUUUCCUACCGACCAGUAAACGCCGACAAGCCAAAUUUUGUCUCCCUUUUGGUAAUUACUGGUGCAGCUGCUUCAUUUACCUCUAAAAUUUUAUCUUUUGAAACUGUCGCGAAACGAGGAGCCAUUUUGAAUCCCAAAACAGUGAAUAUCCAAGGAUAUUCCGAGUUAAGGGAGCCAAUCAGAGCACACGUAAAUCGCUAUCCACUGAUUUGGUGAAUACUAAUAGUGGACAACCUCUUCACAUUGUAUAAUGAAGCAUUUUUAUGUACAAGUACAUUGGAAUCCCAAGUUUAUGAAUCUUCUGAUUAUAUAAGAUCAAAAAUGAUUUUCUUGUCCCAAGCAGAUUAAAAAUAUUGGAAUGCCACAUUGCGUGAUGAAUUUCUUGUGAGGGGUUGGUGCUAGGUCUCCUCAGCUUAACGCCUCACCUUGGUUCAUGACUUCAUUAAUUUUUUACAUUUUUUGUUGUACAUGUGGAAUACUUUGAUCACCAGUAUAUAAUUCUCUUUUAUUGUAGGCGGCUUUCAAGCUUGUACAAUCAGCAGACUACCCUACAGUGGAAGCCUUUAUGAAGAAAUUUAGAGUGAGUUUACUUUUAGAUACUAAGCUGUACUGACGUAUGCCCAAUCAUGAAAGUUUUCUUGUCAUAUGGGGCCUCAAAGUUUUGCAGUACAGUAGUUUCUCAAAGACUUGAAAAAAUCCACAUGCUUGAGUAAAAUGAGUCAAGAUAUUUUCUUUCAUAAAUAUGAAAAUUUAGUUGGCAAUCAAUGAUUGUUUUUGGCCAAUAUUCUUGAAGUGCUGAUUUGGAAUAUUAUAAUACUUCUGCUAUUUUGUGAGUUAUGAAAGAGGCUGAAUACAAUGCUCUGAGCCCUCAAGUGACUAGUGGUGUAACGAUUAAUUGAAUUCUCGAUUAAUCACAAUUAUGACAGUUUGGUUCGAUUCUCGAUUCCUUGCUUCCACAUUUCAAUUUUGCUUCGUUUUUUGCCUACCUUUUCCAGGGUGCCCUCAGUGAGUUAUUAUAUUGUAAAAUCAGAAUCCAGAACUCUUUAAAAUGUGCGGUUUUGAUUGACGAGAAAAGACAAUAGCAGUUCGUGCGCCAUUUUGUGUUGCCUGGUAAAAAUGCUGUCCUUCAACCACCCCUUGACAAUUUCCAAAUAAGGCAAACCAUCUUUGUCAGGAUCUCAAACAUGGCAACGAACCAAGCGACUGUGGAUCCUACUGUCCCUGUUACUGUUCUCAAAUUGAGGGUUUAGGGUUGCAUGUCAGUUGUUAACAUUACUCGUUAUGUUAUAACAAUUAAGAAACAUUUACAUAAUCAAAUCGAAAUAAUCAAAACCGAAAGACAAUAAUUGAAAUCGAAUUGAAUCGUAAGGAAUAUGAAUCAUUCCACCCCUACAAGUGACAAGCACCUCAUAAGAAGCUUUAGAUUUAAGUAAUUGUAAAGAACAGCUCCCAACAACCAACAGUCAACCAACUGUCAACUAACAGUUGACUGACAAUGUCAACAAUGGCUGAUUGUUGACCAAAAGUCAGUCAACAGUCAGCUGACAAUCUACAGAGCCUGCUUCUUACUCAAUAAUAACUUAUCUUGCGAGCAGAAUUAGGUUUGCCCAUGCUAGCCUGUUUUUUUCCGAAUUUAAGAAAAUCAAUUUUUUAAUGUGUGAACGAUAAAAAUGUUAUCAUCAGAGACUUCUGGAUAUUUCGGGAUUGUUUUUAGUUAUUAAUGAUUUGAUGUAUAUUUCCCGACGUUUAGCUGGAUUGCCCUGCUGCAUUAGAAAGAAUAAAGGAAGGUAGACCGAUCACCAUUAAAGAUGAUAAGGGGAACACAAGUAAAGCUAUAGCAGACACAGUUUCAGUGAGUAAAAAGCUUGUUUUUUUCCAGUUACAUGUACAUUAUGUCAGGGAAUGGCUGGGGUAUUUGAGUUGUUCUUUUUUUUUGUCAACUUUAUUCACACUAACUCACUUUAUACUUACAAUAAACAACAUUGCUACAGAAACAAAUAAAUAUUAUACUUACAUACACAUUGCUAACAUUGAGGGAUAACUUAUAAAUUAAGAAAAGUGAAACUAGCAAGUUAUAAUAAUCAGCUACAAAUUUAGUACACUGUACACUCAGACUGUCUCUGAGUGUAUGGUGUAACACAAUAUUGCUGUGUACUGGAGUUUCUUAUGGUAUAUCAUUAUGGUAUUAUAUCUUUUACCCAAAAUAAAUAAUAAAUGAAUUAAUAACUAAUAAAUAAAAUUCAUAAUUUCAAGUACAGUAUGUUAUUUUGGAUAUUUUGAAGGAACCUUUGGAGAAUUUUGGGUGCUUCAACUGUUUUUGGAGUCAUAGAAGUAGAUCAGGAGUCAUUUAAGAGUAUUUUCACACACCCUUGACUUUGUAUCACCUGUGUUUGCAGGUGCCUAGUCUUAAGUCAUUGGUCGUUUUCUCUUUGUGGUCUGCUUUCUUUUCAUGUUUCUUGACUGUUAGCAUUCCAAGUUAAGAAAUCUCCAUCUACAUGUACUGCUAUCCCUAAUGACAUCAUUAGGUGACCUAAUGACAUCAUUAACAUGAGAGCGGAAAAUGCAGAUACAAAGCCUCCUUCUGAAUCCAAUGGGACUACUAGUUAGAGUGUUAGUAAAAUACAUGUUUUGCAAUAACUGAGCAAUUUAUCACAUGCUGUUUGGUCGAGAGCUAUUUUUGAUGAGAUUAUAGUGCAUUGAAAUGACGUAUUAAUGUUAUUAUUAUUAUUACUAUUAUAUAGUACAGAUUAUAAAAUAUUUAUUAUCCAUACCCCCUUACUUCGUAUAUUUGUUAAGCUGUGUGGGUGGUCUCAUUGCAAGAAAAAAUUUAAUAUAAUUUUGUUGUUGUUGUGGUUACUUUCCGCUUAGUCUCCCACGCAGCAUGACAACACUAAAAAAAACUAAAACAGCUGCAAGGGAGACUAUUUUCCACCUAACAUGAAAGUUUUAUUGCAGCUUUUUAUAACAAUAAUGGACAAGCUGCGACUUCAAAUCAGAGCAAUGGAUGAGGUAUGCUUAUGCAGUUUAAUCCCAAUAUUACUGGGCCCAAGUUUCCAGGCCCACAGCCGCAGUAUAGUAAUCCUUAAAAGCUAAUUUAUGAUUUUAGAAUACUUUGUACAGAAAAUGUUUGUUUCUGUACGGUACAUGUAUAUGUAUAAUUUAUGUCUGGUAUUGUUAAUGUAUGGUAAGGUUUCUUUCAGCUGAGGGCCAUUUUUCCAAAUCCUCAAGCUCACUGACAAAGUUAUUGCACAAUCAGUCCGUGAAUGGUCAGAAAUGCAAACAACCUGGAUUGAAAAUAAUACUCAAGUUGCAUUGAAAAGAAAGUCUUAAAUUUAGUGAUUACCUCAAAUUGCAGAGUAGACUUCUCAAAAGAGGAUUGCUGUGCAUAAUAACAUUAAUUUUCUAGACUUGAAAUUCUUCCAGGAAAGAGACCGGGGUGCUCAUAUGAAAUUUAGAAUUAAACCCUUAAAGGAGACCAAUUUUGGCGUGGUUUAAGCUUCAUAUGACCCCUAGAGGAGAAAGUUACCCCGCUAACCGAUCAAGUCGCCCGAAAGUCAUCUCACCCGAAGUUACAGUGUACAUCGCCCGAAACCAGAGUCAUGUCGCCCGAAAUUUUUAGUCAAGUCGCCCGAAAUGUAAUAUAUAUCUCGUUCUUUAAGCGAUAAUGAGACAAAACAAGCGGGAAAAUUGUGUAAUUAAGUCUCGUUCCUUAAGCAAUAAUGCUAUGGUGAGACGAAACAAGCGGGAUGAAUGUGUAUCAUAACCCUUGUUUAUGCGAUUAAGAGACGAAACAAGCGAGAUGAAUGCGUAACAUAUCUCGUUCUUUUAGCUUUGGUGAAGCAAGCACGUCAAAUGAGUAACAGAGUAGAGUAAAGAUUUGAUGAAACGAAGCAAGCGCGAUUAAGAUGUUAGGAAGUUGUUCGGCAUGAUAAAAUUUCAGGCGACUUGGCUAAACAUUUUGGGCGACAUAACUUUGGGCGUGAUGACUUUUGGGCGAUUUGACCGUAAACCGUUACUGCAACACACUAUGAUGGCUCGAUGCCUUAAUAGCCCACUUUCGAUAUAUUAAAAUUCUAACAUGACUCCGAGGCUUUCUGGUCAUUUUUUCAUGUUGGUUUGGUUUUCUUUGUGCUCAAGUCUUUUGUCGGAAUUGCGAGACAAUAGUCGUAAAAAAUGUGCAAUUUUGACCCUAAAGCCUCGGAAUCUUGUUACAAUUUUGAUAUAUGGAACGUGGGCUAUUGGUAAUAUUGUCUUUUCAUGACCCGGACACCCUAAGUGAGACCAAAAUCUACUAUUUCUACCCCUAAGGUAGACGACGAACAUCCUCAUCACUUUCAUACGUCAUUUCAUUGCUGGGAACGAGGUUGUCCCUCCGGGAACAUAGAGUCAAACCUUGAUAUAACGAUCCUCUAUAACGAAAACCUUAGCCUGGGACCAGGCUCCGUGGUGGGUGAAAAAGGAAAAAAACGGGGUAAAAUAGGAAAAUAUCGGGGAGCGAAGCUAGCCGAGCGGUAUCCUGGGGAGGGGGAAAGGGCGCCACCCUUUCCCCCUCCCCAGGCUACCUAUCGGCUCGCUUCGCUCCACAUUUUUUUCUUUGGGCAACGCCGAUUUUUCUCCUUUUUCGCACAAUGCGGAGCCUGGUCCCAGGCUACGAAGACCUCGAUAUAAGGAAACCUCUUUAUAGCGAACCAAUUUAGCCAGUCUCCUGGACCUUCGUUAUGUCGAGGUUCCAACAUUUUACGCACUUCAUAUAAUCUUUAAUAGACAAAGCCCGUGUGAGCUUUAUUUAGAAAACAACCUGGCAAUUAGAAUGUGAGUUCAGGUUUCACCCUGAUAAUGCAAGUUCUUCAUUUCGAGUGGCGCGAGAAGCAAACCUGCGGGAGAACACGCCAGCGGGCGGCAAAGGCGCGUCUCUCGCACGUGACUUCUUGCGAUGUCCCCAAAAAUGGAAUGCUUUCUCUCAGGCUAACACUCUGAACAGUGCUAGUGGCCGUGUAUUUUAAUUAUAGAUUCAUCCAGAUCUGAGAGACCUGAUGGAUACCAUGAAUAGCCUUAGUUCUCUUCCCGAAGAUUUUGAUGGAAAGGUGAAAGUUAACCAUUGGUAAGUGUCCUUCAUAACUAGGUCCAAGAUUUGGUGGUGUCUGAUUAGUUAUCGGGCCUAAAGGUCAGAGAAAUUUUUUCGAGUCGUGACGCAAAAACCAUCGCGUGAUAGCUCAAACAACAGUCACUCUUUCCCAGUCAAGGCAGGGGACGGCAGGGUCGGGAGGCAAUCUUGACCGCGCUCAAACUUAACACAUGUACAUCUACAAGAAACGUUAAGCAAGGCACUUCAAAGCUACGGUUGUCAUUUUCACUGUUUGAAGUUAUAACUGUUACUAAACUUUGUGAAAGUUUACUCUAAGAAGUUUUAAACUGCAGAACUGUUGGUGACAUUUGUGAACUGUCCAGCUUGGUUGCACAGCGUUUUUAUGGACGAAAAGAGUUCUUUAACUUGAGAAAAAAAAAAUAGUUAUAUCAAUGAACUGAGCUAAACAUCCUUGCCCAGUUUUUUCGCUUAAUGGUGGAAAAACCAUUAUUCCAAAUGAAGCGAAGGUUUUUGAGACUGAGAAACAACACUCCCUUUCGUGAAAAGGAGGGCAUUGACAGGGUGAUUGAGCCGCUUGCUAUGAGCAAUGGGAUAAUAAUUUCCCAGAAAAGUGCAACUUAAAACCUCUACAGGUCGAACGCUUUAGCCACUCAGUGACAGUUGCGAGCUUGGUCAUUAAAUAAGCUAGAUUCAUAAAUCGUGAGGCAAAUGAAAAUCUGUGUCUUCAGCGGGAGUUGAAGCCACCACACUGCACGAGCGAGGUCUUGUGGGACAGGCAACCUGCAACUGUAGAAUUGGCAAUGUCAGAAGUCAAAAUCUCGUGAAGAGAAAGAUGAAGAAAGCAGCCAAAAACAAGCUUAAUACUGAGCUUUUGAAGAGUCAAGACUGAAAAACGACUGGGAAGAAAAAAAAUCCUCUUAUAGAACCAAGUCAAAUGUCAGAGAUUACCACGAGUCUCCCAGUAGGUGGUUGGCAUACUCGAGACAACCUCCAUCUUUUCUGUCCUGUUUCUUCUCAACCGCGGCACUGGAUUUAUUUAGCUCAGUCGGUAGAGCGCUUGACUACAGAGCGGGAGGUCCUGGGUUCCAUUCCCGGGGCCAGACCAAUACUCAGGGUCUUAAAACAACUGAGAAAAAUCAAAGUACUGCCUUUGCCCAGCAAACGACUAGAACUUCGUGUGGCUUGAAUGACCACGUAAAAUGGUGGUCCCGUCUCUAGUACAGGCAUGAAAGCAGUGUCCCCAAUUAGUACUUCGGUGCUGAUUACAUUGACACUCAAAUAAAGUGCCCUUUUUUUUCCUAGCGUAAAAGUGGCUUCAUCUUGAUUAAUCUCACCCCUGUUUACCUACUCAAAAAAAGUGUCAGGGUAGUUAUCGCCUUUUUUAUUGCUUUUGAUCUAAAAUUUAACUGUUGCAUGAUUUCCAGGUAUGAGACCUUGAGUAGUAUGAAAGCCAGCGAUGAACUGACAGAUGAACAAGUGCGACAGAUGUUGUUUGAUUUGGAACAAGCUUACAACUCAUUUAACAGAUCAUUACAACAUACUUAG